CUUUUCAACACUCACAUAUUAAUUCAAAAAAUAUCUUUUCAGUUUUCCAAGCAACGUCAUACUGUCAAACAACAGCCAUCAUGAGUACCUCCACUACCAAUGCCGCUGCCUGGCUCAACGAAGCCAAAGCCCACCCCUUCGAGGUCAGGGAAGCACCCCUCUGGCAGCCAGAAGAGAACGAAAUUCUGGUCAGGAACCAUGCUGUGGCCAUCAACCCCGUCGAUGGUGGUCUGCAAACGAGGGCAUGGUGGCCCAUGAACUACCCGACAAUGUUGGGACAGGACGUGGCCGGAGACGUUGUCGCAGUAGGCCCUAACGUCACUCGUUUCAAGGUCGGGGAUCGUGUGCUCGGUCAUGCAGUUGGUAUGGCUACCAAGCAGAACCAGCACAAUGCCUUCCAGGCACACACGAUAUUGCAGAUCAACAUGACCAGUGAAAUCCCCGACAAUGUGCCCUACGAGAACGCAGCAGUCCUCCCACUGGCGUUCUCGACUGCCUGCUGUGGUCUCUUCCAGGACCAAUUUCUGAAGCUGCAGUACCCAACUGAGCCCCGUGCUUCUGUGACAGGAAGCACCGUCCUUGUCUGGGGUGGUGCGAGUAGUGUGGGGAGCAAUGCGAUCCAGCUCGCUGUUGCGGCAGGGUAUGAGGUGAUCAGCACUGCUUCCCAGAAGAACUUUGGCUUGGUGAAGAAGCUCGGUGCCAGUCAAGUGUUCGAAUACAACAGCCCCACUAUUGCCGACGAUCUUAUUAAGGCCCUGCAGGGUAAGACACUGGCUGGUGUGAUGGACUGUAUCGGAUUCUCCGCCACUCCCAUUUGUGGAGAAAUCGUCAGCAAAUCCGAGGGCUCGAAAUUCAUCGCAACCGUCCAAGGCCGUUUCCCAACACCACCGGAGGGGGUUGAAGUGAAGCAAGUGUUUGGUACCACCAUCAAGGACAACGCAGUCGGAAAGGCCGUGUACGAUGACUUCCUGCCCCAAGCACUGAAAGCCGGCAGCUUUGUGCCCGCCCCCGAGCCGCUGAUUGUGGGGAAGGGCCUGGAGAAAAUCCAAGUCGCCGUGGAUCGUUAUGCCGAAGGCGGCAUUUCUGCCCAGAAGUUGGUUGUGUUGCUGUGAUACCCUAAUGUAUGCUAUUGGUAUUGUUCAGCGGAGUAUGGAUUUAUGCUUGGAAGUUUUCAGUUG